AUGCCAGAGAUCUUUUACAACAAUGAAGGAUAUUUCCUGAUCCGAUUCGAAUCAAAAGAGGAUAAGAACACUGUUUUGGUGAGAGGACCAUACAUGAUCUAUCGAAAGCCUAUGUUCCUACAUGAAUGGACACCCGAGUUCAAAUUGGAAGAGGAUAUGUUGCGCGUAUUGCCUAUAUGGGUGAUAUUUCCUAACCUGCCAUUGGCCUUCUGGGGAGAAACAAGUCUAGGUAAAAUUGCUAGUGCCAUAGGAAAGCCGCUCAUGACAGAUGAAUGCACGGCCAAGAAAUUAAGGGUAUCCUAUGCAAGGGUUUUGAUUGAGGUGGAUGUGACUAAAGUGCUGAAAAAAUCUGUAGCCAUAAGAGAUCCGAAGGGCAUCAAAACUAAUCAGGAUGUGGAAUAUGAAUGGGAACCAGCAUACUGUAAGAAAUGUGACAAGGUGGGACAUAUAUGCAAAGAGAAGGAGCCUCCAAUCCAACAAAAAGUUUGGAUAGUGAAACCUACCAAGCAAGAUGAGCCGAUACCUCUGCAGCCAGAAACAAAGACAAGUCCUGAAACCUGGCAGACUGUGUUCAAGUACCUCAGGCAGUACCAUUCCAUGUUAGCUUGGAACAUAAUGGGAUUAAAUAAAAGAGCAAGACACGUUGAGAUAGGAGCUCACCUAAAGAGACUACAAAUAAAUUGUGCUGCUCUUCUUGAAACUAGAGUUAAGAAGAAUAAGGCUGAUGAAAUCAGGAAAAGAUUUGGCAAUAAAUGGAACUGGCUUGAUAAUUAUAGUGACCAUAGCAAUGGUAGAAUCUGGAUCAUGUGGGAAGAAGGGACAAUGCAGAUUAUUCCUAUCCAAAAAACUGAUCAAUACAUCCAUUUUGAUGUAUUGGAUAUGCAGGGGUCGAGAGUACAUAUUCUAACUGUCAUCUAUGCCCAGAACCAAUUAAUGCAGAGAAGAAAGCUGUGGGAUGACAUCAAACAGGUGGCUGGAAAUAUUCAUGACCCAUGGCUUGUUGUGGGGGACUACAACAAUGUUCUUCAUCCCAAUGAUAGAAUUGGAGGGCACCCUGUACAAGCAAGUGAAGUUAAAGAUCUGAAACAUAUGAUGGAAGUUGCUGGAUUGUUUGAACAUGGCACAACUGGAUGGAAUAUACAGGAAUAUGGUUGGCCCAUGCAUAUACUGUGGAAGAAGCUUAAAAAUGUCCAAAGCAAUAUGAGGGAAAUGAAUAAGCAGGUUAUGGAUCAAGUCAAUGAUAUCAAAGAACUGAGGCUCAGACUGGAGCAGGCCCAGGAGAAGCUCAGUACAGACAGAUUCAACGAGGGAAAAAUUGAGGAGGUGCAGGAACUGACUAAUAAAUUGCUGAAAGCGACUGAAACUGAAGAGCAAAUUCUGCAUCAAAAGGCAAAAAUCAAUUGGAUGCGAUAUGGAGAUGGAAAUACAGCAUAUUUCCAUGCUACUAUUAGAGGAAAAAACAAACAAACUGGACUCUACCACCUAGAAGAUGCACAAGGAAGGAAGUUGACUGAGCACAGUGAUAUUGAAAAUGAAGUUAUCCGGUUCUAUGAUAAUUUGAUUGGCAAGACUGCUCCUAAAAUGAGGCAUGUUGAUAUUACUGUACUUAGACAGGGUGCCCAAUUGGAGGAUCCUGACAGAGCUAUGUUAAUCCAACCAGUUACUGACAAGGAAAUUUGGGAGGCACUGAGUGGAAUAGGGGAUACCAAGGCCCCUGGAAUAGAUGGGUUCUCAGCCAGAUUUUUUAAAGGUGCUUGGACUGUGGUGGGAGAAGAUGUGAAAAAAGCUGUACAGGAUUUUUUCAAGCAUGAGAGACUCUACCCAGCAGUGAACUGUGCCUUGGUCACUUUGAUUCCUAAGAAGAAAGAUGCCAAAACCAUGAAAGAAAUGAGACCAAUAGCAUGCUGCACCACCAUAUACAAAAUUAUUUCAAAAAUUUUGACUGCUAGAAUGAGGAAGGAAAAAUCAUUCAUGACAAUAUUAUCAUUGCCCAAGAGUUGUUGCGUGGUGUUAGAACAAGAUUUGUUCUGA